AUGUUCCAUCCCAACAAAGGCUCUGUCCAGCAGCAAGUUAGCGAAUCUGUGCCUCCAAAGCCCAUGAAGAAAAGACCUGCCUUGAAGGCUAUACCAGGGCCUGAAAGCAGCAGACCACUGAAGAAGCACCAGAAGGGCUUGGUGACCCAGUUGCCCCUUGACCAAUUGGAUGAGACCAACUUACACCUUCGAAAAUAUCUUUGGAUGUACCAAAUCAUUGGGUAUUGCCAUGGGGGAAUGAUGCCCAGCAAACUCGGACCAUCCCAUGAUGACAACAUGGGUCCAGGGCCAUUCUUGAUGCUGGACUUCAGCAUGAACAUCAAUGUGCCACCCAACAUCUUCAUCCAAAAGCGGGCUGCUUCUGCAAUUAAGUUCAUUGAAGAGGGACAGUUGUCCUCAAAGAAGGCCAGCUGGAACAGGCACAAUGAGCAGAGGAAGCUGGCUGCAGGCCAGAUUUGCCAUGGGCUUGAGGGCUUCUGUGCUGACAACAAUCUUGUGCACACAGCUGUAUCUGCAGAACUGGUCAGCAAGGACUGGAUGGGGGAUGAGUGUUUGUGUGAUGAAGACAGGCAGCAGAAUGAGGAAUGGAGAGCCCUCCUCUUCUCUUCUGGAAGGAUCACUGUGCUUGAGCGGGACAAACCUAAUCUGCAAGUUUUGGAGGAAAAACAACCUGCAUGGAUGCAUGAAAGCAUUAUUCUGGGCUUGGUUGAAGACACAAUGCACAGUAAGAUCAAUGACCCAGUGCAAGCCUGA